AAGGCAACAAUUUAUUUAGUCUAUACAAAUAUUUUUUUUUUUUUUUUUGUUGUAAAUAAUUUUCUUUUCUUUUUAAAAUAAAUUAUCAUGACUAUUGAAGAGACUACUAUGAAUAGAGACGAUGACAAGCAACUUCCAUUUGAAAUUCAUAUUCCUGAUGUUAUAGCACAUCGUGGAUUUUCUGCCAAAAAUCCUGAGAAUACGCUUAUUUCAUAUAAAAAUGCUAUUGAAGCAGGUACAAGUGCAUUAGAAGGAGAUAUUCGCCUAAGUAAAGAUAAGGAAAUUGUCAUGAUGCAUGAUUUGACUUUGAAUAGAACGACUACAGGAACUGGAGCAGUGCAUGAUCAAGACUGGUAUGGAUACAUAGACAAGUUAACAACUAAAACAAACCCACCACAGCCUAUUCCAAGAUUAAACGAUGUACUAGAUCUGUUAUUGACAACUACAAAUGAUAAACUCUACAUGAUUGUGGAUAUUAAAUACGAUAAUCCUAUUGAAAUAUUAAAUGUGCUUUCAAAUCUAUUAAAUGAGGACUAUGUUAAGGAAUAUCCUCAAUUAACACAUCAAUUGAUUAUUGGUAUUUGGAGUCUUGAAUUCUUGGAAAGAGCAAAGAUCUUGUUUCCUCAAUUUAAACUCUGUUUCAUCGGUCUCUCUAUCUCUGCUGCUCGUACUCAUUUUAUCGAAUCAGUCGACUGUCUUAGUUUACCUUUUGCUGCUCUAGCAAAUGAGGAUGGUCAAUUAUUCAUAAAGGAAGCUCAUACACGAAAAAAGAAGGUCUUCAGUUGGACAAUCAAUGACCCUGAUCAGAUGAAAACUUGUGUUCUCUGGAAGAUUGACGGUAUCAUUGGUGAUAACGUGACUACCCUCAUAGAGAACGUACAGAGGAUACCAAAGUCAAUUGUCAGUCUCGAUGAUUACCAAGUCUUUAUCAAUACAGACCACUUUCUUAUUUCAAAGAGAAGAAGGUUAUAUUACUAUAUUCUUGCUAAAAUUAUGCAAUUUGUCAGCUGGAAAAUAAUUGGUGUCUAAAUGAAUGAAUAAAAUUAUUUCGUCUGUUAUAGACAACACUACUUGGUUGAAACAGUAGAAUGUAUGUACGUGUGUAUGUGUAUGUGUAUGUGUAUGUGUAUGUGUAUGUGUAUGUGUAUGUGUAUGUGUAUGCGU